UCUGGCCCAUCUUAAAUCCCCGGGGCUGAGCGGGCCCCGCCAGUGCGCUGCGCUCCGGCCAUGGAGUGGGCUGCGCUCCUCCUGCUCCCGCUGGCGCUCUGCGCGCUGCUCUACCUGCUGGGCCGCUGGCUGCUCGGCCUGGACGGCGACCUCACCCUGCUGUGGGCGGAGUGGCGGGGCAAGAGACCAGAAAAUGAACUGCCUGACAAGGUCGUCUGGGUGACAGGAGCCUCAAGUGGAAUUGGAGAAGAGUUAGCUUACCAGCUAGCAAAGAUAGGGGCUCUAGUUGUGCUUUCCGCAAGAAGAGAGAAUGAAUUGGAAAGGGUGAAACAGAAGUGUCUUGAGAUCUCCAGCUUGAGCAGUAAAGAUAUCCUUGUUUUGCCCCUUGAUUUGACUGAUAGAAGCUCCCAUGAAGCUGCAACUAAAACCAUUCUUCAGCACUUUGGCAGAAUUGACGUUUUGGUGAACAAUGGUGGACGUUCCCAGCGUUCCCUGUUUGUGGAUACGAAGGUGGAAGUCUAUGCUGCCAUAAUGGAACUUAAUUACCUGGGUACAGUCUCCUUAACUAAACAUGUCCUGAAUCACAUGGUCCAAAGGGAGAAAGGGAAGAUUGUAACUAUGAGCAGUGUAAUGGGCAUCAUGGGAGCCCCCCUUGCCACGGGAUAUUGUGCCAGCAAGCAUGCCCUCCAGGGUUUCUUUAAUUCUCUUCGGCCUGAACUUGGUGAAUACCCGGAGAUAAUCAUUACCACCAUCUGUCCAGGACCUGUCCAAUCCAAAAUUAUACACAAUGUCUUUACUGAAGAACUCUCAAAGACACUAGAUAACACCGGUGAUCAGUCCCACAAAAUGCCAACUGAUCGCUGCGUUCGGCUUACAUUGGUCAGCAUGGUAAAUGAUCUGAAAGAAGCCUGGAUCAGUGAUCACCCAUAUCUAGCAGUCUGCUACCUUUGGCAAUAUGCACCCACCUGGGCAUGGUGGCUUAUGAACAAGAUGGGCAAAAUAAGAAUACAAAACUUCAAGAGAGGAGUGGAUGCUGAUAUCUCCUACUCUCAAAAGAAGAAAGCUUGAAGAGAAACCUGCACAAAACCCCACUAAAGCAAAGUAGUAGCUGUAGCAGGAGGCGUGUUCUGUCCUCUAUUAAUCUUUGCAAGUUAAGGCCUUUAUUUUUUUAAUUCCUUACUUUUUUGCUAUCAUGUAACCUGACAAAUGCAACUUAAUGUGAUUGUAAGAACAUUUCUUGAAUAAAAGCAUGUCUCUAAACAUA